CUGAUUGGCUACGUCCAGACUUCUUCAAGCGGACAAACAUCAUAAUAGGGCAUUCAAGGGUUUCAGAGCUAGUAGUGGAAAUCAACGACAAUGCUGGUAACGAAGGCAUUAAAGGCCGGUGCUCAGCUCGGGCUAAGGUUUCAGAGUACCGGUGCCGCAGCUAGCGCCAGAGCAGCGACCAGCACACUGAAGGCGUCCCAAGGAGGGUAUUGCUUUGAACUGACCGAUCAACAGAAGGAGUUCCAAGAGUUGGCCAGGAAGUUUGCCCGGGAGGAGAUUAUCCCAGCUGCCCCAACAUAUGAUCGAAGCGGUGAAUAUCCAUUUCCAAUCAUCAAGAAAGCAUGGGAGCUGGGUCUAAUGAACUCUCACAUUCCAGAGGACUGUGGUGGAAUGGGCCUCUCCAUCUUCGAUUCAUGCCUCAUCACAGAAGAACUUGCAUAUGGCUGCACUGGAGUCCAGACGGCCAUCGAGGCAAACUCUCUCGGUCAAAUGCCAGUCAUUAUUGCUGGUAAUGAUGCACAGAAGAAGAAGUACUUGGGCAGAAUGGCCGAGGAACCUCUUAUGUGUGCAUACUGUGUGACAGAGCCUGGGGCAGGCUCUGAUGUGGCUGGGAUCAGGACUCGUGCUGAGAAGAAAGGUGAUGAGUACGUAGUCAAUGGCCAGAAGAUGUGGAUCACCAAUGGAGGGAAAGCAAAUUGGUAUUUUCUGCUGGCUCGCACAGACCCAGACCCUAAAUGUCCUGCCAGCAAAGCUUUCACUGGCUUUGUCGUUGAAGCAGACACUCCAGGAAUUCAAGUUGGCCGGAAGGAAAUGAACAUGGGCCAGAGAUGCUCAGACACCAGGGGGAUAGUAUUUGAGGAUGUGAGGAUACCCAAGGAGAAUGUUCUGAUUGGUGAAGGAGCUGGCUUUAAGAUUGCCAUGGGGGCUUUUGAUAAGACUAGACCACCGGUGGCUGCUGGGGCUACCGGCCUGGCACAGAGAGCUCUGGAUGAGGCUACCAAGUAUUCCCUGGAGAGAAAAACCUUUGGCAGGUUUAUUGCAGAACACCAGGCAGUGUCAUUCCUGCUUGCAGAGAUGGCCAUGAAGGUGGAGCUUGCUAGGAUGGCCUAUCAGAGGUCAGCCUGGGAGGUGGAUCAGGGUCGCAGGAACACAUACUAUGCUUCCAUUGCUAAGGCCUUUGCUGGAGACAUUGCCAACCAGGUUGCUAGUGAUGCUGUCCAAGUCUUUGGCGGGAAUGGAUUUAACAGUGAAUACCCUGUGGAGAAACUGAUGAGAGAUGCAAAGAUUUACCAGAUUUAUGAAGGAACUGCUCAAAUCCAGAGACUUAUCAUCUCCCGUGAACAUCUUGGAAAAUUCAAGAGAUGAACUUGGUUAACCCUGUCCUGCCUUUUAUAGCACUUCUUCUGUUCAGAGACUUUUGUACAUGUUAAUGGUUAUGAUCAAUACAUCUCAGGAUUAAAAUACACAGAGCAAAUGCCUUGCAGUUAUCACAUCUGCCUUGUUUUUUUUUCUGUUUUGUUCGGAGUAAAAUGAACAAUUAAUGUUAUUACAAUGUUGUUGAACAAACUGAUAACCAUGGAAUGUGUCAUCCAUUACUUUUUCUAACUUGUGCAUCACCACAUAGUUGAAUAAAUUGUGUAGUCUGGCAAGAAA